CUAUACUUGGACACUCAGAAUUCAGUGUCCCCUCAAAAAUAUGAAACGGAUUGACGCCCCUGGCACAGAGUAAGAGGCAAUGUUACUACGCCUCUAGACCUUGUAUGGGCUCAGAAUUGAUAUCGUGACUUUGAUUGUACUAGGUUAAAAAUCUUUUAUUACAGUCAGAGUCCAUACAUCAUGUGAUAUACUUCCACGGCAGUGUAGCUAUAGUGGACCAUCCCUGCGUGGAAACACAAAUCUCUCUCUCUCUCUUGCGAUCAUAACCUUCAACAAAUGGUACCAUACCUGUUCGCUAACAUGAUGGGGGUUUACGCACUAAUCAGGAGCAUUGUACUUGCUGGAUUUGUACUACAGAUCCAUGGCAGAGUGAAAGUGUCAUACAGAUUGGUAGACUUCGAAAACACCGGUCACAUAGAACUUGACGGGGGAUGUUGCGACCCCGGCCUCUUCGGUUGUGAUAGUUGCGACAACAGAUUCAAUCUCUGCUUCGAUGUCUACGGAGGGAAUAAUUAUAUGACCGAUUGUGCAUAUGGCAACUUCCAAACGGACCGCCUCUAUGAAAACAAUGAUGAUUUCAGCUUCCCGUCAAUUCUAGCCGACGAUCUAGUCAACCCAAUUGUAUUGAUUAUCAAUUCAUGGUCGACUGGACUCAGGUUCAAGAUUGAGGUUUGGGAUUAUGAUCCAACAACUGCAGACGACAAAAUAGAUUAUUACGGCUACAAUUACAACUAUAUCCCCGAUCGAACAUCAGCUUUGGCAACAGAACACAUUGUGUCACUGCAUGGAGCAGGAACAUCUCUAACGAGCGUUGCAGUGAAGGUUUACUGCGAUGUGCAUUACUACGGAACGUCAUCAGGCUGUAACAUAUAUUGUUUAGCGAGAGACAACAGUGAAGGCCACUAUAAUUGUAACGAUAUUACGGGAGCUAGGGUUUGUCACUCAGGAUGGCAAGGAUCUUACUGCAAUAUAGAGAUCAAUGAAUGUGACUCAGAUCCUUGUCAGUUCAACGCAGUCUGUACGGAUCUCUUGGCUGAUUAUAGCUGUAACUGCCCAGCUGGUACACGAGGUAAGAACUGCGACGACAUAGACGAGUGUUCUUCAGACCCCUGUGAACACGGAGGCACGUGCGAGAAUAAACUCAACCUUUAUCAAUGUGAUUGUCCAAGAGAGUAUAGCGGUGCCAAUUGUGAUUUCGAGAUCGACUUCUGUAACUCUGACCCCUGUCAAAAUGGUGCAACAUGCCUGGGUGAAAAUGACUAUGGCGUCCUGGAGUGUGCCUGUGCUCCAGGUUACAACGGUGUUUUCUGUGAUGCAGAUAUCGAUGAAUGUAUCGGAGUGGACUGUCUGAAUAAUGGCACCUGUCAAGAUGGUGUUAAUGACUUUACGUGUAAUUGCACAGAGGGGUAUGGAGGAACAUACUGUGAGUUAGAUAUUCGAGAUGAGUGUGCAUCCAGCCCAUGUCAGAACAACGCGUCAUGCGUAGAUAUGAUCAAGUCGGACGAUACACCUGCGACUGUUGGGCUGGCUACUCUGGAGAGAACUGUACAGUGA